AGUUGAGUCGGUCAGUCUUCACUGCUUCAACUCUAUAUGUGUGAAGUACACGGGAGCAAAUGGAUACAAAUACCAUAUUUGUAGCUGCUCUCAUUCUACACUUUUCUUUAUGUGUGGCAUCAAAGGGACAAUUUGAUGGAAUACAGGACAUGAUUUUGUCCGGGUCUGUGUUCCAGAUAUUUCGAAGAACAACGUUACAGCAGUGUCGCCGACUGUGUGGCUAUUCAUCCAGAUGUCUCUCGGUCAACUGGUCGUCGUUGGCCAAGGAGUGUCAACUAAAUUCAAAGACCGGGAACAGGGAAAGUUUGCAAGUAUCUGACAAGAACAUCUACCUACAAGUCCAACAGAUGCCACAGCAGGCUCAUCCAUGUGCAAAUCAGCCAUGCAGUACCAACCACAUGUGCAUCCCCGUCAACACUGCUAAAGACCACAUAUGUGUACGUCUUGGUGCGUUAACACCAGAAACUACUGAAGCAGGAAUGGCAACAAAGUUUGCAACAACCACAACAGCUGUGGCAACGUCUUCUCGGGCAGCAGCUGCAACUACGUCUACUGCACCUCCUGCUCCACUUGAACCCUGUAACGACCACAACUCACAUUUCAACUUCAACAACUUUACUGGGUACUUCAACAUCUGCACCGACUACAUCGGCUCCAGUAUCAACUUCAACUACCGCAUUGGCAAGCACAACUGA